UCAAGAAAGUUUAAUAUGGAAUCUCUUCAACCUAUAAAGGAAAGGAAACCAAACCUCCCUCCAUACAUGAAUCAAACGAUUGUAGGAAGAAAUUAUACCCUUAACUUUGCCAUAUCUCACUCACUCUCUCUCUCUCUCUCUCUCUUCCCCCUCCUCCUCUCUCUCUUUUCUCUGAUGUUCCAUUAAAAAUCCUCCUCUUCUGUCCAUAUAUAUCCAUGAACAGCAGCAACUCAAGUUAAACUAAAGAAGAGAUCAUCAAUGGGUAGCAGCAGUGCUACUAUUACUGGGUUGAAGGCCUUGUUCGGGGCGCUUGCAUUCUUGGGAUUUAUUUGGCUGUUGUUGCUUGGUAUUUUAGAAGCUGGACGACCAGACCAGAGAAGCUUCAAGGAUAUGGAGAUGGCAGCGGGAAAGAAGCUUGGUGUCCAUCAGCUGGAUCUCAACAACAUGAGCAAAAGAAGAGUUCCAAAUGGACCUGACCCCAUACACAACAGGAGAGCUGGAAACUCCCACAGGCCGCCUGGUCAUGCCUAGCUAGCCAGACAGCACAGCAUAGAGAAGCUUCAACACAUUGGCAAAAGAGAGAGCCUGCCAACAGCACUCUGUAUGUAGUUUCUUUGAGAAAUAUAUAUGGGAUUUAAAGCUGUGCUCAUGAGCUUGCAACAGCACUCUGUGUGUAGUUUCUUUGAGAAAUAUAUGAGAUUUGAAGUGCCCAUUAAGUUAAACGUCUCAGAGAUUCCCCAGCUUGUUUAUGAGUUCUUUUUUUU